UGAAACUGAGACGACAGAAACUGAAGAAGGCCGUAAAGCAAAAAGUUUUCGCGCGAAGUAGAAUCUGGUAUUCUAGUUUGUUCGAGAUGGUUAGAAUUCAGGUGAAGCACGGCGGCGGGAGUGAGUUUCUGUACGAUACUGAAUCCACUUCGUCAGUGGACGAAUUCGCCAAAGACGCAACAGAAAUUGCAAACCUUCAAUCGAAGAUUGAGCGUCUCUCUCUCCAACUUGAACCUCAUCUCUCUCCGCUUCUUCACAGUGAUUCGAAAGUGAUGGCUCUCGCUCGAGCUCUCUCAGAAGCCAGGUCCUACGCUUCCAAGAAUCAGGUUAUACAUAACAAGCCUUUAUCUAUUUACGUGUUAAGAGACCACAUAAGGAGUGUUGAGAAUUCAUUUGCCGAAGCAUAUUCUCUAAUUGGAUUUUCAAAUGGCAGCUUACAGAAUUUAUUUCCAGAUUUGGAGCUUAUUCAAGAGCCUACAAUACAGCUUUGGUGGGCAGGAAAAGAGUUGGAAAAGGGUAAAAAGUUGUGUGACUAUAUUGGGAAAAAUGAGAAAACGAAGGUUGUAAUCAGGCUACAGUCACCUAUGAUUUUAUCUCCUGCAUCAAUUACAGGUGGAGAAAGCUCAUGCAAAUAAGAUUUUGUCCCGGGAUUUUGAAUGGCCUUCUAUUUGUUUCCUUGUUGGUGUACUUUCCUCCCUGCAGUCAGCUCUGGGCACUACACAAUUUACUAAUGCUUGCAGUAAUUCAAAUUUCCCCAGCUUGUAACAGUAUAUUACUCGCAAAUGCGAGUGAUUACAUAACAAAUAUCUUACUUAUGCAAGUUAGAUGAAGCUAGAACCCUUGGAUUCCACAGCUUAAUGCUACAAAAUUAUUUCAGCACGUACAUCUUAUUAGAUUUCUAUCUAUAGAAUUUUCAACUUGUUGGACACUGAGUCUUUCAUUUCGAGCUGAUGUACUGAAAUUUGAUGUUCUAGUUCAAAUAGAUUGCAUUGUGUUAAGAGUAUCUCUUCUGCUAGCUGAUACUGAUGAUAUAUAUGGUUUGAGUGUCCUGUUCCUACAGUCCAUUUCUUUGUUGUUCUGCUUGAACUAUUCUCCUUGCUUAUAUCAUAGGAGACUCUUGUCUCUUGAUAUCCAAUCCAAAUAGGUUAUAUACAUACAUAUAGUCAUGAAAGAUAUGAUAAGUGCUUUUAGACUUCAGUAUAUAUUAGCACAAAAAACGACGAUCCUGUUGUAAACUAGUGGCAUGAAAAUUUGUUUAGCCCAUUCAUAUAAGUAAUGUAUGCAUGGACUACCAAAUGGUCUGGCAGACCAAGUUCUAUCAAA